UUCAAUGUUGUAUUAUUCAAUUUUAUAGUAAUCAAUAUUCUAUAUCUUAUUUUUAUCAAUAAUCUAUCAUUGAUUUUCGCUCACAUACAAUCUAAUUUACAAUUUUUAAUUUAUCUUUCAAUCGUAAAACAUUCCAGGUCCCGGCGAAUACAAUCCGGAAAAAGCAAUGCUUUUGUUGGAGAAAGCAUUGCGAUUUACUUUUGGCCUCAGACCGCCCAUGAGCAGGCCUGACGACGUUCCAGCGCCUAAUAUAUAUAACAUCCCCUCCGCCCUCGGUACAACCAAGGAGGGUAACAAGAAAGCGGCGCCCGCUUACUCGAUAUCUGGUAGGCAAAAGGUUUUUACGGACGAUCGCGUUCUCGUGCCCGGGCCAGGUGCAUACGAGACCAUCAGACCGGAUGCAAUCAGACCGAAAAGUCCGGCGUACAGCAUAAGCGCCCGUUUCCCGUUGCCCGAUGAUCAUUUGCAGAUCCCAGGACCCGGAGCGCAUUGUCCGGAAAAGGUGCUUCUCGACAUCCCCCCUGCGCAUACAUUUGGCAUCAAGCACUCCACAUAUAUUUGUAAUAUGAAGGAUGCAGUUUAUUAAUUUCAUCAAUUAGUGACAACUACAUACGCACAUAAUGAUUUACUGACUAAGACAUGCUCUCUUGCUUUUUUUAAUUGUCUUACAUUAUUUAGUCAGACCAUGUUCUUUUCUUCUUUAUUUUUCUAUUUGAUUAUUUUAUUAACCAUUACUAAUUUCAUAUAUAAAAGGUAUCAGCGAAGAAUAGGUAAAAUCAAAGUUUAUUUUGUUUAAAAAAAAUCUACUAUACUAUACAACACAAAACAGUUUAAACAUAAAAUUAAAAUUACUGUAAGCAAAUAUUAAAUGCAAUGCAACGUGUGUGUAUAUAUAUAAUGUGAAAAUUUCAAUAUUGUUCCGAAAAUCUAAUAUUUUUCUUCCUUUUAAGUAGCAUUUAAUUCAUUGCAUUUCGACUCGUAUAAAAAAAGCCUUAUAUACAUUAAUAUAAAACUUGUAAGUAUACAUAAUGAGACUUUAAGAUUAAUUUAAUGUAGCGCGGCAAUUCCUAAUCGUUCUUUAAAAACAGUUCUGUAAAAAUAUUUUUGUAGCAUUAAACUAUUAAAACUAUGUUAUUUGACAUCUCUAUGCUUUACAGCACAUAAUAAGUAAAGCAAAAACCGAUAUAGUUAAAGAAAAUCUUGCCAAGAAUGCAAAUGGGAAAGAGCAUAGAGAAGCUCUGUAUAAGUUUAUAAAAUAAAAAACAAUACAUUUAUUGUUACAUAUUUACAUCUUAGUAGAAAAGAGUACAUGAAAAUACUAUAACUUUUCUAAUAUCCUUCAUUUAGCAAAAUACGUUCACUCUUAUACAGUCAUCAUAUAGUGUCUUUAUAAAUGUAAAUUUCACAUGAUGCAAUACCCGGAAAAAUAAAAGAAAUUAAAUCUU